CUCCAAACAGCUGUUGUGACGGUGUGAUGUCGACAUUUUUCAAACUGUGAAGUACGCCUGUCCUUAAUAUUUUGAAGAUAUGAUGUGUUGAUGAAUUCAACCGAAAAGAUGACAUCAUAUGCCGUGGGGCCAGCCUCCUAGCUCCCCCCACUGGCAAAAAUGGACUGUUCCCGGCUGGGAAGCCGGUCUCUCUCUGAUCAAUAGCAGUUUGGUAAAAGGCUCGUUCCAAUAUGGAGAUCUGUGGUUGGGAUCACGGUCAGAGGAUGGACAAAGGGACCUACGCUCUUGUCCCUCCGGCUUGGGAUACAAUAUCGGAAUUAUACAAACAAGUCAUCAAGUUUGUCAGUCAUUUUCCCUUCAAAAAACGCCUGGUGCUGUAUUUUGUGUUCCGUGGAACCAGUGUGAAGGUUGACCUGGGAGAUGCCAAGGCAGCCGGAGUUGUGUGUGUCCUUGGCAUUGGGGUCGGCCUGGGGUCACUGUUGGUCUACAAGUUAUACUACAACUACAUCCGCCCCAUCUUCAGCAGGCAGGGCUCCGACAACAACACAACAACCUCACAGAACAUAUACCAGGAAGAUGACUGCUGCUUCUAUACAGGAUCCUCUGACGGUGCUGCCAACGCGGAAAUGGGAAACCUUGAGAGCGGGAAGGUGUGCCCGCCCAGUAGUCACUAUGACUCAAGUUACGGAGUUGCCUUUUCCAAGAAUGCCGACAAGUGUGACGUAACACCAGAAUAUGAUUCAGUCAGGUUGCGGAGGAAAGGUCGACGGCAGUCGUCGCUGAAUUCAGACAAGGACUCGGCCAUUGGCGGUGCGUCCGAGCUUGGUCAGUCCUUCUACAGUGACGGCGGUGUUAACCGUGACUCUUUCUAUUCUACAUGCACAGCAGAAAGUGGCUUUGAAAAUAUGCCCGAUAAUUUUGAUGAUGCAAGCAGUGUGGGUGAAGGUUACACAUUAUCACGAUAUCCCUCUCUGAGCCAGUCGUUGCAGGUCAACUUCAGCCCUAAAUCCCUCAAUAACAAAAACAGACAAUCUGCUGAUGCUUCAUAUGGGUCAGACGAAAAGUCUGGUCUCACAAUUCAAAAUGGCGACACACUAGACCACAGCAGCAUCUUAUUGACACCUCCUUCAGAGGAUGACAUGUCGCCUUCACAUUCACAGCUUUCUAGUGAUCGGAAAAAUGCUUCAGACAAUACUACCGGACAUUUGCAGGUAGACAGGUCAGACAAAAGUCAUUCAUUAAGUGCAGAGUAUGAUGCUUCAUUAGAGAUAUCUGAAUCCUUACAAAGCUACAGUGGAGGGAGUCUCGGGGACUGGAGUUGUGACGAGGAGGAGAGAGACACCAUGUCUCCGCUGCCCAUCAUUCAGGAAUCGUUGUCAGACUAUCAGUUCAAACAGUCACUCCUCCAGCGACUUCGAGAGUGGUCAAGUUUCUCUAUAGAUGACAAAUCCAGAUCACCAACUCCAGAGCGUGUGACAGUGUCGCGGACUCUCAGGAGAAGCCGUAGCUUAGAUAGAACUUGUCCGGAUGUGUGUACGCCUGAUAGUGAGAUUUUUGACAAUGAGUUGAUUGAUUUUAGUGUCCAUACAACCAAAAACUUAGAGCAUAUUGAGGAUGAGCUCCAGGACAUUCAGGAUGAGUUCUCGAUGAUCACGUCACAGUUGUCAGACUUGAUACAUCGCGGGGAUGAACCUGAGAAGAAGCCAGCAGAACAUCGGGAAAGGAGUCCGAUGGCCAGACGGGCCUCGGAAAUUGUUCACAGAGCACGUACAAGAUGGGAAAGGUCACCGAGUCAUUCGUAUUCCGACUCGGAACGUUCCUCUAGGGAAGGAAGUGUGGAACUAGCUUGGGACCUUGGAGACAUUGGUGAUGAUGAACUACCUAGAACUCUAAGGAACAGAAGAAGAUUCCGGGCCAGACGACAGAACACGCUAAUUCCAGAGGAGCAAAGUGAUGGGAGUGAAUUCAGUCUCUCGUCUUCAUGUGACAGUUCACCAUUCAAGAUUGCCACCGAUACUAAUUUAGGGCAGUUACAACCGGAUCUAUCUGGAGCUGACUUGGAGGAGGACAGUGCGCCUGGAGCCAUCAGUCAACCAUCACAUCGAAGCAAAUACAAACCUCGGGGAAGAUUAAAAAACAUCAGUGCUGGAGUGAACAUUCAGGACUAUGCAGACAGAGAAUGGCAGGGUGAUACGCCGAAGGCCAACGCAAUCAGACAGGCUUAUGCAUCCAUACCGGGAUUAAUCAACUGCCAUCACUUAAAACAAAUCAGGGGAGACAACUACUGUGCCGUGCGAGGGUGUUUGUACCAAAUCCUCAGUGAGGGCCACCAUGUGACUAAGUCCUGGCCAGGCAUAGUGGAUACAAUCAACAAACUUCAUCAGCUGUAUCAGGAUCCUAGGUCCGGGCUCCAGCAGUGGACCUUCGCCAGCCGUCUUCCUGUUACAGACGAAAACAGACUGCCGCGCAUGUGUGAAUGCAUGCUUUCUCUGUACUCAACGAUCGAGGAUAUAUGCAAACUGCCAACCUAUGAACAACGGGCCAAAUACACAUCUGACCUGCUAAACUCUGACCCUGUCACUGACCUUGAACUCAUGGAAGGGGUCAAACUGCUAAUGGCCUUGAACUCAAUUGAACUCCAACAUGCGAGUGAACAAGGCGAGGACGUUCCUCUGUUUGUGUGGCUCAUGUUCGCCAGGGACUCGUGCCAGAAUGUGUCCGACUUCAUCAAAAAUCAUCUCAAUGUUGUUGGCAACUCAGCAGGUCUUGAACAGGUUGAGAUGUGUCUGUUGGGUCAUUCACUGGGCGUGUCAAUACAGGUGGCACGUCUACAGAACGUCUCCCAAGAAGACUUCCUGGUCAACUUCCCUGACACCUCACCUGAAAACUGGCCAACCAUCAACCUGUUAGCUGAAGAUGACCGACACUAUAAUGUGCCUAUCCCAUAAUACCGGGGACCAAACCUGGAGUUGUGUUUCUUUGUAGAGUUAGCUCCCCUGUCGGUCUGCACCAUAACCUUGACAUAGCCAUCUGUGAUCUUUGACCUGAAAAAUGUGGGUUCAUCUACGCACCUAUGUGGAUUCACUUGUAACAAAGUUGUGAUAUUGUGGAAAAAACUGUAUUCUGAAUGUUUGAUACAAAAAAUAUCAGCAGUGUCCAACAGAAAUAUAUAUGUUGUUGAUGUUGUUGAUGUUCUAGAUGUACGUCAAGAACUGAACCUGAUGAGUUGAUGUCCAAAUUGUGAUAGCAUUGAACUCUUGCAUGGUAAUAAAAGACUAAAGCUGAAGCACUGAUUACUCAGAGUAAGACUUUUUACAGUCUGAGGUCCAAAAUAUUUUAUGCAGCAAAACCCUGGUAAUCCAGAAUUCCCCUUUUCAGGACGAUUGUUUAUGAAAAUGUAUUUUGGGCGCAUUGAUGCUAUGGAAACCAAGUCAAGUUUGACAUUAUGCUCUAAGAUUUUAAUCGUAUAUCUUUUUGAGUUGCUCAGUUUUUAGUUAUAAUCCUAGGGCUUGUAUGUGCAAUUUCUCUUUUUCUUAGAUAUAAUUAUUGGGUUUUGAGCUCAGCUCUCAUGUCUUAGCAAUCAUGGUCAUCCUAUUAACCCUUUACAAGUCAAAUCAUCCCAUUAACCCCAUACGGGACAAGUCAUCCAUUGGUCAUCAUCUCAAAAGUGAGGAAUGCCAGCAAAUCAUGUCAGAACAAAACACUGGUACAAAACAAUGGAGCAAUCUUUGCUAAAGAAACUACUGACCCUACCAAACAUGGGGAAACAGGAUUUACUGAAUGGUUGGUGGGAAGGUGGAGGAAAGAAAUUGGGUUAGUCUGGCCACAGAAAACUUACGUUGGAUUCCCAGCAUGAGUUGUCUCACCCUUGGGAAUCACCUUCCCUGAUAAACUUAUCCUUGGGAAUCUGGGAAUCACCUUCCCUGAAAAAUAAACUCCCCCUUGUGGAUCACCUGCUAAACUCACCCUUGGAAAUCCCCUUUCAAACUCAACCUAAACUAUGCAGUGUAAUUUUCAAAAUGGCAUCAUGCACCAAAUUGUCAUUGCAACAUUCUAGUACAUAAAUACAAUGAUUCAGCUUUCAGCAGAUCUCUUCUCUUGUAUUAGUGUAGUGACGUUUCAGUUUAAUGGUGACCUGGGUUUUGUGUCAGUGGUUUAAUAGGGGAGUUACCUCCCUUCCUUCAAUAUUGUUGAUUUGCAUUUUGUACGACUUUUCACGUUUUCGUUGCUUGUCCUUUGUGCACAGCUACUUUUUCAUCCUUCACACUCUCUACAUCUCAGCCUUGGUGGUGGUCUUCGUAGCUUUGCGUAGUCUUAGAUAGGUUCUCAUAAAUGUGUGAGGCAAAUUGUAGCAAACAUGUGGGAGGUCAAACAAAUUGAUGCUCUUGGAUUUGAACAAAAAAUUCUAUUCAGAUAUUUAGGUUUGAACAUUAUUUGGAUUUUAUUCAUUUAAAUUUUUAAUUUUUAUUGAAAAGAAAAAGACAAAUUUGCAAUUUUAAAAGUUAUUGUAUUUAAUCAUAUGAAUUAUCAGGUUAAUUUUCCAGAAUACUUAACUUAAUUAUGGUUACAAUAAUUAAUUUAUUCUAAACACCACACAGGCGAAUAUGUUCAUUUUGAAGGUGAUGUUAUCACAUACUGAAAACAAACAUCAAUUCUCAUCCUAACAAUCAUAAUGUACAAGUAGUUGUGUCACUGGCAGCACAAACAUUCUUGCUAUUUCUUGUGAUACAUGACAAUGUCGGUGGUCAGUGUAUCACACAAUCCCAUCUCCGAUUCUGUCUUUGUCGGAUAAGUCUGAGAUGGAUAUUUUCGAGAACAUUACAGUUUCGCAGCAAGAAUUCCCACUUGAAGAGUCUAUACUCUAUGUUCUGGCAUUGCUCAACAUCAGUAUAUUUUCAUGUCAUCUUUCAUUUUGAUCUUGUUCUGGUUGUUUUGCUGAAUUUGAAUUUGAAUUUAAAGUUUAAAGUUUGAAGUCAUUACACAUAAGGAUGAACAGACAAAACUUUAAAGUAAAUACUUUCAUUUUCAUUUUUUUAUCACCCAAAUUGUGCAAUAUCUUAAUUUUCAUAAUCUUGGUAUAACGAGAACUUACAAACUUAUUCUCAUGUACUACUAUUGGUCUCAUUGUAGUCUUUUUAACAACUUAAAAUGCUUACUCGACAGAAUCUCAAUACUGCUUUUUUAGAUGCAGCUUCACAAGUCCUAAUACUCUGCAGCUUUCUACCGCAGCCACUCACUGAUAGUAUAAUGUCAAUAUGUAUAUUAAUGUGUACAUCUUAUUUACCCUUUUUCUACUAUGUCAAGUAUGUAGAGUCUUUGUGAUGAAAGUUUGUAGUUUUAUAUCCUUCUGAUGAUCCACAGUCACAGAUGUCUGUUGUAUGGCUAUUAUGUAGAUACAGGCCACACCACGCAGACCUUGGUUAAGAUAGCUGUGCCUACACUGUUGUAGUACAGGGCGACCAUAUUGGUUCAGUGGUCAGACUAAGACAGACUUUUGUCUGGCCCUGGUUUGACUAUUUACAUGCUACCAUGAUAUUGCUGGAAUAUUGCCAUGACAUACAAGCAAGCAAAAGAUGCCAAGACGUUCCACCAUGUGCGACAUGAGUUCAACUCAAGGACUGAAAGAGGUUGAAAACAUUCAUCACCACCAGAACAACCAAGGACAUUUUGCAUAUUAUGAUAAUCCUAUUAUAGGAUAUUUAUAUAGUGCACAUAUCCACGUAACUAGUACAUGUUCAAGGUGCUGGAGUGUUCCCUUGAUUAAUGGAUGUCUGUUUUUGGCAUUUUGUUAACCAACUCAACUCCCUGGGGAGUAUAUAGUUUAACAAUGAUUAUUAUGUGCAUAUUUGAUUACAGUGUACACCAGCUCGGCAAAUGCCACAGAGAUUAAACAUCCAUCAUCUCUGUAGUGUCUCUUUGAAUACAAGACCUUCCAGCAUUAGCUACAAGAGAAGCAGCAACAUUCAGGUGACAGACGUGCAUUGACCAUUACUCUGGGUGUUGGCUGCUGGAGAAAGUCUUUAGCACAGGGCUGAAGUAUAUAUUCAGAUGGUAGUGCAGGUUUAAGGCUACAGAUACAGGUAGACUUUGCUUGUGAUUCCUUUUAUGAUAUCCGGGUCAACAAGUGAUUAAGUAGGGUGUCUGUUAUCUGGCCGUGUGUUCCAAAUCUGAAAUCUUCCCAGUGACUGAGUCCUGGUGGUGACUCUGGUCCAAGCUCUACUUACCUUAAAGGGGUUUCGCUCCUCAAAACAGUGACCCAUGCUGUAUUGUACUAAUUGUCAGUGACAGAGGCUCUGUGUAGUAAAUGCAGCGCUCGUAAAUCUGAUUUGUACAUGGCAUCAGUGCAGCAGAUAUUGCAGAUUGUACUGCACAGUUUUAAUUAAAUGAGUUACAUCUGGCCUGAGGUCAUUUUUUAAAAGGAAAGUUGUCCAGUCUUGUCAACCAAGAAUACUUCAUGUUAUGGCAUUUUAAAAGGCGUUACAUCUUUUGUCAUAUCUCCUGUCAUGAUAGUACCCAGGGUAUAACAUUUACCAACCAAGCCAUUAUCGCCUUGUCACAGUGUCACUCUCUUAAACACACUAGUGGUUGUCUGGGUCAAGAGACCUUCCUUUAGACAACCAUGGUGGUCAGGGCGGGUAUCUGGGUCAAGACACUCUCUAUAAGACACGUAAGUGGUCAGACACCUAAGUGGUCAGGUUUUGUUGUUUGGGUCAAUGUCAAGAUACUCUAUGGACCUAUUGUGUUCAGGGCCUUGUCACUUAGGUUAGGAGAUCCCCUUUAAGAUGCCAAUAGGUCAGAGCCUUAUUAUAGGGUUAGGACACACUCUUUGAAACACCUUAGUGGUCAGGUUUUGUUGUUUGGAUCAACAUCAAGAUACUCUUUGGACCUUUAUGUUCAGGGCCUUGUCACUUAGGUCAGGAGACCCCCUUUAAGACACCAAUAGUGGUCAUAUUUGAGUUUUCUGGUGCAGUCAGACAGAGCAGGUGCUAGUCAUGUUAAUUUGCCUGAUAGUGCUUCCAAUCCUUUGUUGGACCUCAACACUGAUUUGUAUAAUAGAAGAGUCCAUGUAUUGUAUUAUUUAUGUUAUCAUGUAUAUGUUGACUAGUCAGAUUGAAAGAGUGUUUAGCAAGAAUUGAAAUCAGCCUGGUCAAAUCCUACUUGAAUUCUGCUGAAGUAAUCUUGAUUACCUUUAAUGAAUUCUGCUUUAAUAACCGCUGAUUUGAUUUCAAUUUGUAUGAAAUAUUGGAAAGUUACACGUGUGAUUAUGUAAAUAGUGUAUAUAUGUAUUCUAUCUAGAAAGUUGGCAAGUUGAUCAUGGCAUUAAGGAAUCAGAGACUUGAACACUAAUGAUUGUGGAAUGGACGUAGAACAAAUAAAAAUGAAAAUCUUUUAUUUCAUAUUGUUUUGAUAUUAUUUUAUAGUUUUAAAAUAUGUGAAUAAAUGUACAUCAUUGGAAAAAUGAAUUUUAUAAGAAGUCAGUUGAAGUUCAUUAGCAUUGUAUGAUAGUUCAUGAUACGUGUAACCUCAAACUUGUGAUUAGUUGUUCCACAAGCGUCGUGUAGCAAUGUGUGAUUGUUAUGUCCGAUGCCAUUGUUUGAGAGAAAACAGCUGUUGAAAUUUGCUGACUGAGGGUUCUGUUGAAAUUGAUGGUACACUCUUUGUUUUAUGAUAUGUAUAGAGAAUGUGUUGUUGCACAUUGCUUUGAAGAACGCAUAUGUUCACAGGUAAUAUUUACCAUACACUUUAAGGAUUGCUAUUAUUUUUGUGUUUUGAUAAAACAUUUAGCCCUGAUACUUUAUUGUUCAAAUAUACUCAUAAGAUUUCAAUUCAGAUGCCAAAUACAUUGUAUACUUAUUUUCACAUGUAAUGGAAAGAUUAAUUAUUUUAAUUUUUAUCUUAUAUUUCAAUAAGUGCUUUUUUUUAUUCAACGCAACCUGUUAAAAUUUUACCAAUACUGUGAAACCGAAAGGAAACAAAUUUAAAAUUGGUUGAUUGUUCUGGACAGUUUUCCUUUCAGUAUUGUGUUCACACAAGGAAAUAUUGCUUGUUGAAUAAACUGUUAAGUAGUCAAACAAAGAGUGUGAUAACUUUGUUAAUGCCUGUGAACUAUGUUGGACAUCUGUCAAGUGCCAGUCAGUACGCUUGUAGUGUGAUGGGUGCGACAUACUCAGCUUGUAGUUAGUCCUUCACGCAUGGUGAAUGUGUGGGUUUAUUUCUGGACAAUGGGAAUAAACAGUUUUAACCUGAA